AUUCGUGAUGAAUUCCCUAAUUCCACCGCCAACUUCUGAGCAACAAAUGAACAUGUUCCGGCUCCGCGACAAAAUGAGCCUCCUGAAUGCAGAAUUUCUCAAAGUCAUCAACGGAUAUUUCACGGAAAAGAAUCAUUAUGAUUUUUCUGGAACUAUGAAAUCAUAUAUGGAUCAUGUGGCACAGCUCAAGCAGAUUUAUAAGGUCGAUGAUGACGUUGCAGCCGAUAUGACAGUGCCCAGACGAACCGAAAACUCGUCUGAAAGUUCUGGAGAAACAGUUGCUCCGCGGAAAAUAGCCAAAGCUGUGCGGAAGAAUGGAACGCCAAAAAAUCCGCUGAAUUCUACAGUUUUCGCUGCCUCGAGCCCGGCGGCGACAGUCGCGUCUGUGCCCAAGUUUGGCGACAUUUCAGUGAUAACCAAGGAAACGCCAGCUCCACUCGCAAAAACCGCAGAGCCACUCGUUGCUCCAGCAGCUCCAGCGACCGCCCGAAAACGCGCGAUUCGUGGCGGAGGACCUCUCGGUGGAGCUGAAUCAGUGGUUUUCAAAUCGGGCGAAGACGGACAAGCCGCCACGUCGAGUGUGAAGAUUCCGGCUACGACGAUCAAAUUUCCGGAGCCCACCAAGGAUUUCUGGACGAAAAAGUCUGAUGCGCCGGCGGCUCCGAGUAAUUCAGGCUCACUUUUCGCAUUUUUGGGAAAAGAUGGCGACAAGCCGAAGGAAACUCCAAAAUUCAGUGGAUUCUCGUUCGGAAAGAAGCCCGCCGAGCCUUCCGAAGAGCCAAAAGCUGCGGAUUCCACACCAAAAUUGACAUUUGGCUCACCAAAAGAAGCAGAUUUGCCGAAACCAGCUAGCUCUCUAUUCGGAGCCAGUCCUUCUAAGCCUCUGGUGUUCGGAGGAAGCUCCGCAGACUCUACCACAUCGGCUCCAAAACCUUUCUCGGCUCUUUCCACGGCAGCUUCAUUAUUUGGAUCAAGCUCUGCCUCCACCACCACCACCGCCACUCAACCAUUAUCAUUUGGCUCAAGCUCCACUGGAGGCUCAAGCCUUUUCAGCGGAUUCGCUGGUCUCGCACAGAAAGCCAUGGAAAAUCAGAAUCAGGCGAAACCAGAGGGUUCUGGUGAAGACGAUGAGGGAGAAUAUGUGCCUCCGAAGGUGGAAACCGUCGAAAAUCAGGAGCCGGAUGCAGUGCUGAGCAGCAAAGUAUCCGUGUUCAAGUUCACCGGAAAAGAAUACACAAAGCUUGGAGUUGGAAUGCUGCACAUUAAAGACAACGAUGGAAAAUUCAGUGUGCUCAUUCGAGCCGCCACAGCGACCGGAACAGUCUGGCUGAAUUCUCUGUGCAAUAAGGCGAUGAAGGCGACAGUUGUGGACGCGAAAGGUGACCGGAUCCGGCUGACAUGUCCGUCUUCGAGCACCGAAAUGGCUACGAUGAUGAUUCGAUUCGGGACGGCUGAUGGAGCCAAGAAGUUCACCGAUAAAAUUCUAGAAGUCGCUGUUUGAGCAUAAUUUUUAAUUCUUAUUUUUAUUAUUUUUCCCACCCUUCGUUGUUAAAACUUUAACCCGAUGUCGCCAUUCCUCUCAAAUUUGCUCUGUUUAUGAUAAACAACAAAAGAAACA